AUUUCAGCACCGCUUCGGCGCUUCCGUUCAGUUUGAACCUAGCAAGUAGCCGUAAGGAGGAGCAAACGUCGCCUUAGCAACGAAUAGGGAUUUUACAGUGGUUUGGAAUGAGUAGCAGCAAAGUUCUUCUAAACUGGGUUGAAUUCUUUAUAAAGCAAAUGCGCUUUAAAUUUUCAGGUUACUAACUAAAGCCGUGAUGGCUACAAGCAACCCGUCAGUGUUUCUUCUCUCGGUUAACGGACAAAUUGAGGGAGCAAACUUUCCAGAGUAUGACAACUUAUACUGCAAAUAUUGUUUUGUCUACGGCCACGACUGGGCUCCAACGUCGGGGUUGGAGGAAGGCAUCACUCAAAUAACAUGUAAAGGAAGUGAGUCCUCACACAAAUUAAUAUGGAACUUCCCACUGGAGACAACGUUUAAGAGCACAAACCCAUCUGGAUGGCCUCAGCUCGUAGUGAGUGUGUACGGUCCAGAUGUGUUUGGCAACGAUGUGGUCAGAGGCUAUGGAGCAACACACAUCCCCUUCACACCUGGACAACACACACGAACCAUCCCCAUGUUUGUUCCUGAGCCCACAUGGAGACUACAGAAAUUCACAAGCUGGCUGUUAGGACGGCGGCCAGAGUACACAGACCCUAAAGUAGUGGCCCAGGGUGAAGGCAGAGAAGUGACGCGGGUUCGUUCCCAAGGCUUUGUCACCGUCUCCUUUCACAUCAUUACUAAAGACAUAAAGAAACUGGGUUACGACACAGGACCCUCGAGCCUCGCAAACACACCGUCUGCCACAUCUGGCUGGUCGACGGGGGAACAACCGUACAACAUGGAAUAACAAAAGACCGUUUUGUCUGUACGCUCAAGGAUGUUUGGUCCCUGCCAAAA